UUAUUUGCUAACGUGCAAUUAAAAUGGUCGAUCGUAUACAAUAUUAGGUAGGUACAUGCAAUUAGUAGUAACAAAUAUGUGCAUUAGUGUUGUCCUCGGCCCAAGGCUUAACGGCAAUAUCACCGUACACCCCACUACGCGUUAAUAGACGGAUGUUCGAUUUUACCCUUUCGAUUUACACACACAUACACCCAAAUACCACCACUUCCAGGCCGAUAUAUUAUGUAUAUGCAAACUCGUAUACGUUAUAUAGACUGCUAAAGCAAAUGUUGUGCUUUUUUCAACUCAGUUACCUAGUGCCCAUCGUCACAACGCGCGCACAUUUUUUUCCCCCGUGCAUUUUACACGAACUUGUUAUAUUAUCAUUAAUUUUUGUUUUUAUGAUAUUAAAUUCUUACGCUUAAUCCCAGCUACAGCAUAUUGUUACGAAUUUAACUAUGGCUUAAUGGCAGGAAAAAUGAAAGAAAAUUCAAAAUAUAGCGACGAUUCUCUUUCAUCCUUAAACGAAUCAACUGGGUCAUUAAACAGAUCGUACAAUGAUAUUUCUGAACACGAAAAUGGUAUAUACGUCAUCGUAAGAUCUCGGCCAUUAAGCACCAAAGAAAAUAGAGCAAGUGAACCAUCAAUUGUAUCGUUUCCGGGAAAUGGACGUAUUUUGGUGGAAGGAUUUCAAACAAUCGGUGGAUCUAAUGGGCCUAAAUCUAAACUUUUCUCUUUCAAUGUCGUAUUUGAACCGGCAGCCACGCAAGAGGACAUAUUUCAAUAUUCAGGCAUCAAGAAGCUCAUCGAGAUGGCGGCCGAAGGUUUUAACACCACUUGCUUUUGUUACGGACAAACCGGAAGUGGUAAAACUCACACACUUACGGGGCCUCCAGGAAUGUUUUUCAACAAGCGCAUUGAACCUUUUUCAGCAGAUCAUGGUCUAGUAUUUCGAUCGUUUAUGUACCUAUUUCGAUUGGUACAACAACGACAAGAUCUUCAUUUCGUACUCAAAGCCUCAUUUCUAGAAAUUUACAAUGAAAAGGUGAUAGAUUUAUUAAAUCCAGGAACUGUCAGAAAACCAUUAGACGUGAGAUGGUCCAGGAAAGCCCGUAACUUUUAUGUCGAUAAUUUGUUUAUGGUGGACUGUGAAGAAUUAGAUGACCUACAAGCUGUGUUAGAAGAAGGCAUGAAAAACAGAACAGUAGGAAGCCAUAAUAUGAACGAAUGCUCCAGUAGAAGUCAUACGAUGUUGACAGUGUAUAUUACAUCUGAACAACAAAUAUCCGAAGAUGGAGUUUUUAUUACGAAACAGGGCAAAAUUAAUUUUGUUGAUUUGGCUGGCAGUGAAAUGACUAAAAAAACUAUGAGUGAAGGGAAAACUUUAGAAGAAGCAAAUAAUAUCAACAAAAGCUUAAUGGUUCUAGGCUACUGCAUAGCAUCGCUGAGUGAUCCUAAGAAGCGGAAAGGCCACAUACCGUACCGAGACAGUAAACUUACCAAACUCCUGUCUGAUAGUUUAGCCGGUACAGGUGUCACGUUGAUGAUAGCAUGCAUAUCACCAGCAAGAUCAAAUGCUAGUGAGACGAUAAGCACGUUAAGGUAUGCAGCUCGUGCAAAAAAAAUCAAAACCAAACCCGUGAUAGUUAUGGACCCCAGGGAAGCAUUAAUCGUCAGUUUGCGGCGUGAGGUGGAGGCGCUGCAGAACGAAAACGAUCAUUUGCGGAAGGCUUUGGAUAUUAACAAGACGUCGUCGGCUAGCAUUUCGAAUGUAAAAAUGCCGCCCAAUAUGGACAUGGACCGGUUAAUACAAAUGGACCCCAAGGAGCUUGUGGAUCUGGUCAAACAUUACGCGAAUGAAAACGAGGCGCUACGCAGAGAAAACGCCGAGCUAUUCAACUCCAGGGACCUAUUACAGAGAGACCACGAAAUUGUUUGUAGGGAGAACGAACGGCUGCUGAAGAAACUCGAAGACGUCAACUCGGCAUGUAUAAGGUCUCCAAUAAUUCCGGCCCGUGGCCAAUAUAUUGACAAAAUAGAAACGGCCUCAACAAACAGCUCUUCGGACACACAAAUUAUCCCAAUGGAAAAUAAUAAAUUGGGAAGAGAAAAAAGGGAUUUACCUAUGACCUAUCAAAGAGAAAUAGACAAAAAAGGGAUCGGAAAUACAAUAAAUAAUUUCGUGGGCUCUUUCAAGAACCGAAGAAAAACAUCAUCAGAUAGUUGUAAAGCACCAUCAAAACCGACUUCAACUAAAAGAUCACCACCAGUGGUUGACCACAUACAGUCUUCGCCGUUGGUAGGCGGAGCUUACAACAAAUUCGAUGAUGGGCUCAACUCGGCGGCCUCGACGCUCGCGUCCAUCGUCAGCCGGCAAGCGUUCGACAUACCGCGGAUGGACAGAAACAGCGGUGGAGGCAGCGUAGGUGACGACAUCGGCAGUGCGGGUGACCGACGAAGCGCCGGUGGCCGAUUUUCUCUGCCGGACAUCGUAGGUCCCAGUGACGGCAUCGACAGUGGCAAGCGAGAGCGGCUGGACAGCGAUGCAAGUGGCAUGCGACCGCGGCGGGACAGCGUCGGAAGUGGCGUGCGCACGCGGCGGGACACACAAGCAAGAGGCCGUGAUCCGUUCGGAAGUCCGGUUACGCCGCAGACGUACAACGGAUUCAGGUACCAUGCUGGUAAUACUCGGGUUGCCGCCGCCGCCACCGUCAACACAGCCGCAGCGUCCGGUUGAAAGAAAGGCACCGCAGGAGAUCGCGUGGACUUCGACGGAUGUCCCAUCAUUUUAACGUAAACCAUUGAUCGCAAUAAAAAUGUACCUACCGAAAAAAUAUUUAUAGCAUAACUAAUACCCAUGUGGUAGCUAUAUAUUUUGAUAAUGAUAGGAACAUAAUGUAUAAUUAAUGAAAAAGGUGGUAAAGGGCCCCCCCCAAGAUUGUCAAAAAAAUAAUUUUAAAUAUUCUUAUACAUUUUGAAACAAUACACUUUCUUUUUUUGUGUACGCAAACAGAGGAGUAUCUGAAGUAGUGAAAUAUCAUGCUAUGUAAAUGUGUACACAAGGCAAAUGCACGUCAAACUAAUUGCUGAUAUAUGUUAAGUUAUUACUUUAUUAGAGACCCCGUUCAAAAUCCUCCACUGGAAAUUAUGCAAAGUAUAUAAAAUUUAGUUAAGGUAUUUAUCAACUGUAAUUUUUGGUUCAGAUAUCGCAGUGUUAUAAUUGCAUAGAUCAGUAACGAGUUAAAAAUUAUGUUAACAUAUAA